GCCCUCUUGCAUCUAGUCUCCCUGCUCGUCGAGAGAGCGCAGGAGAGUUGAUCAGUCUGCCUGGUCCGCUCUGCUCUUUCGACGGGAUUCACCGGAUUCGCCCAUCGCUGUAUGCUCUGAGCGCACUAAGGUCAUGCAAUGAUCCCUGAAUCCUCAAGGCCUUCUUCGCUGUCUUCGCUGUCUUAAGAGUCAAGACACUACGCACAGCCUGGCGUUGCAUCCGGACGGCGUUGGCCGCAGCACUACUGCGCCUACGCACGCUGUCACUGGGUUUUCAUCCUGGUGGGAGUAGUAGAAUCCUGUCCGAGCCGGUUCCUCCAGACUCCGUAUUUGCUCCGAUUAUUCUCUCAGUCGCUUGGACCACAUCCUCUAUUUGUAUUGUUAUUUUCUAUUAUUCGCCAUCGUUAUCUCCCGAAUGCUUGCUGCUGCUUCUACCUAUCGUACUCCCUGCUUCUUCAUUCUUCACGUUGGGGUUCCUUGAUUUUUAAGUCCCGCGAAAAACGCUUCUAUGAGAGCGUCACGUAUGCGGGUGCAAGAUGGGUUGUUGCUUAUCCUCGUCAUCGCGUGACACCGGCGAUCCCCAGUAUGCGACAGGAGUCACAGAAGAGAAUCGCCCACACGCCUCAUCUCGAGUUUUGCGCUCCGCCCCCAAUGCGAUCGUCUCAGACCGUCCCUCUGCCUCGCUUGCCGAGGAUACCCCACGACGUCGCGGGACCCGUUCUGCUAGCCGCCGUCGGACGCGGGCGAGUAACCUUCCUCUAAGUGAACAUUUUAACGAACCUAUCCGUCCCCACGUCUGGUACAGCAAGCGGCGUACAUGGACGCGCACUCAAUUGAAUCAGGAGCGCAGGGAAUUCUUCGAGACCAGGGUAACCGGUCGAUCCGAGGUUUGGGCUGCGCUGGCUGCUGCCAUCUCGUUGAUGCGGAGCGGCGACCUCACCACCGCCCAGAGCAUUAUCGAUGCCGCAGGGGUAACAGUACCCACGGGUGACCUUUGCGAAGGCUGCUAUGACCAACAGGGUGCUCUCUAUCGGUUACCGCAAUGCAUCGUAAGCGACCCGGAGAAUAUGAUCGAAGGUAGUUCCAUGGAUGAAUCAGCAAACAACGAUCUUGACGGCGAUGCCAUGUCUGCUGGAAAAUUUGCGGCCGAUGAGGCGUCCGGGGAUGAGCUUAUCUCCGACGAAGCCGAGCGACGCAGAGAAGAGAAAGGGAAGACGAGCGAACGGGAUCUGAUCAAAGUCCGGUCACGACUGAGUGAUGGUCGCUGCUCGGACAUUGUCAUUACCGUUGGCAAGAAUCAGAGUGUCGGGUUCAUUGCCCGUAAGAUACAACAAGAGGCAGGGAUAUCCAGUCCUCAACGAGUUAGGAUCGCAUAUCUGGGCAAGAUCCUCAAGGAACAUGAUUCCUUGCCGGACCAAGGGUGGAAGAAUGGCCAUGUCGUCAACGCCAUGGUUGUCACCCGUGGCUCCAUAUCCUGACAACAAAACUUCUUCGUCGAAUAUCUCUGUGAUGUCUACGACCCUGAAGGCACUCUUAAUACGCAAGGAUCUUAAUCUGCCCCAGCAAGCAUUCCUGGGUGCUGUUCCCUCCGUCAUUCCUCUCAUUAUCCACUCCUAAUCGUCUAACUUCAACCUCCUACAGCAAGACGCCUAGUGCCACGGCUCAUGUGACUCUGAUCUAAUAAUUCCUGGUCUCCUUCUCCUUACUGCAUAAUACCCCCUUGUUUUAACCUUGCGCGAUUAUCAAUUUCUAACCAUUUCAAGCCUGUUCGUAUUUGACCUCUUGUCUCUGCAUUUAGCGUCUGGCACCCAAUAUUUGAUAUUUAUCCGGAGUUUAGCAAAGAGAGAUCUUCUGUUUUCCCCCCCCUUUCGUUCAUUACUUAAUCCUUUCUUUCACUCUCUUCUUUGCUCUUGUCAAAUCUGCCAUGCUGCAUACAGUACGGCACUUGCAUGACCUAGAUGCAAUGUAAUGUCAUAGAAGAGGCGUCCGACUCUGUGAGUAAAUCAUCAGCAUUUAACAUGGAGUAAUCUGUUUAAAAAUUUUAAGAAUUCCAUAUGUUUCUUUUCCUGAGAUAUAGUAGUCUUUCUGUUGAAUGUUCCUGUCUGGCGGAUCUAGAUAGAUUAGCCUCAUCAAUCAAACAAAC